CAGAGUGACACGCUGAAUUCGCCAUAAUCAAGAAAACCUUUUCCGGGUGGGGAACUCUGAAAUCACUCAGUGAGCAACCCUAAUUAACCUGAUUUUUUGCUGAUAAUCACUCUCAAUGGAAUCAAAUCACAAAUCCGGGGAUGGAUUGAGCGGCACCCAGAACGAAGCAGCCCUCCGCGCACUGAUUCAGCGCACAGGAUAUAGCUUGGUCCAGGAAAAUGGACAAAGAAAAUAUGGAGGCCCUCCACCUGGUUGGGACGCUGCACCCCCAGAAAGGGGUUGUGAAAUUUUUAUUGGGAAACUUCCUCGUGACCUUUUUGAGGAUGAACUUAUACCAUUAUGUGAAAAAAUUGGUAAAAUUUAUGAAAUGAGAAUGAUGAUGGAUUUCAAUGGAAAUAAUAGAGGAUAUGCUUUUGUAACAUUCUCAAAUAAACAGGAAGCCAAGAAUGCCAUCAAGCAACUAAAUAAUUAUGAAAUUAGAAAUGGGAGACUCUUGGGGGUGUGUGCCAGUGUGGACAACUGUCGAUUGUUUGUCGGGGGAAUUCCAAAAACCAAAAAAAGGGAAGAAAUUUUAUCAGAGAUGAAGAAAGUCACUGAAGGAGUUGUUGAUGUCAUCGUCUACCCAAGUGCUGCAGAUAAAACCAAAAACCGGGGCUUUGCCUUUGUGGAAUAUGAGAGUCAUCGGGCAGCAGCCAUGGCCAGGAGGAAACUUCUUCCAGGAAGAAUUCAGUUAUGGGGCCAUCCAAUUGCAGUAGACUGGGCAGAACCAGAAGUAGAAGUCGAUGAAGAUACAAUGUCAUCAGUGAAAAUACUAUAUGUGAGAAACCUAAUGCUAUCCACCUCUGAAGAAAUGAUUGAAAAAGAAUUCAACAAUAUUAAGCCAGGUUCUGUGGAGAGAGUAAAAAAAAUCCGAGACUAUGCUUUUGUGCACUUUAGUAACCGAGAAGAUGCAAUUGAGGCUAUGAAAGCUUUAAAUGGGAAGGUGCUGGAUGGUUCUCCCAUUGAAGUGACGCUAGCCAAACCAGUGGACAAGGACAGUUAUGUUAGGUACACCCGUGGCACAGGCGGAAGGGGUACCAUGCUGCAGGGAGAAUACACCUAUUCAUUGGGCCACGUCUAUGAUCCCACCACAGCCUACCUUGGAGCUCCUGUCUUCUAUGCCCCCCAGCCCUAUGCGGCAAUUCCCAGCCUUCACUUCCCAGCCACCAAAGGACAUCUUGGCAACAGGGCUAUUAUCCGAACCCCUUCUGUUCGAGAAAUUUACAUGAAUGUACCUGUAGGGGCCGCGGGAGUGAGAGGACUGGGAGGCCGUGGCUAUUUGGCAUAUACAGGCCUGGGUCGUGGAUACCAGGUCAAAGGAGACAAGAGAGAAGACAAACUCUAUGACCUUCUACCUGGAAUGGAACUCACCCCAAUGAACCCUAUCACUUUAAAACCCCAAGGAAUUAAACUUGCUCCCCAGAUAUUAGAAGAAUUUUGUCAAAAAAAUAACUGGGGACAGCCAGUAUAUCAGCUACACUCUGCUAUUGGACAAGACCAAAGACAGCUAUUCUUAUACAAAAUAACUAUUCCUGCUCUGGCCAGCCAGAAUCCUGCAAUACAUCCUUUCACACCUCCAAAACUAAGUGCCUAUGUGGAUGAAGCAAAGACAUAUGCAGCUGAGUACACUCUGCAGAGCCUGGGCAUCCCCACAGAUGGGACCGAAGCUCCCACUGCAGCUGCUGCUGUCGCUUCUGCUACUGCUUUUCCAGGAUAUGCGGUCCCUAAUACCACUGCACCCGUGUCUGCAGCCCAGCUCAAGCAAGCAGUGAACCUUGGCCAAGACUUAACAGCAUAUACAACAUAUGAGGUUUACCCCACUUUUGCAGUGACUGCCAGAGGGGAUGGAUAUGGAGCCUUCUGAAGAUACCUAUCUUUUCAUUAAGAAUAAUAUGCACAAAACUCUCUCUACAGAAAACAUAAACCUUAAGUUUAGUUACCUAAUAAUAUAAUUCCUAAAAUAAUGGUUUUUCUGAAACGACAGAGUGUAUAUAAAUUGUAGAAUCCUUAUAUGAGGAUGUUGCUCCUAGUUAAAUCACACAUAUUUAGGAGCCUGUCAUCUAACAAAAAUCUACAGUCAUUGUCCCCAAAAGUCAUUCUUCGAUGGUAAAUGGGUACCCUAGAUAUUCUGUUUACAAAACCUGUCAUAGUAGAAAGAGAUGUUUAGCCAGGAAGACUUAAGAACUGAGCUGCUCUGGGAAGUCAUUAAAGACAAAGGGAACGAAGUAAGAACCAGAGUUUUGCACUCUGACUAGCAGAUGCUUUUAUCACACACACACACACACACACACACACACACACUUUUCAAAUCAUGUUCCCAUUACCCACUGCCUGGAACAUGUUCCAAAUGAUGAACUCAACCUCACUUCACUAUGAAAAUUCUAUUCAGUCAACUGGCCAUAGAUCAGAAUCUUCUUGACCAUGGCAACCCCCAAGUAUUUUCUAGAAAAAGAUGUGUUCUGCGGAUACUGAUAAAAUUAAUCAGGACCUAUAAUUGUAUUAACUUAUUAACCACAUAUGUUGUUUCCUAGAACCCCUACUCUCCCCAAGAAUCCCACAACAAUAAGUCAUUCCAAUCUGAAGUUCUUUUUCCCCACUUUUAACAUUUUUCUUGUCCGUAUUAAUCUAUUAUCAUUUUUGCUCAACUCUAAUAUUACAGCUCUAAUAUUAUAGCAUAUUACUUGUGGUAAUUCUUCCUAUUUAGCAAAUUGACUGAAAGGUCAUUUUAAACAAAGAGAAAAGUGAAGACUUGCUUUCAUUUCUUUGAUAUUUUUUUUGUAGCACCCAGGCCACCAUCAGUAUUCAGGCACUGAUUCUCUACCUACUCUUUUUUUUUUUUUU